AUGGCUGGGGGUGUGUGGGGAAGGGGCCGGGAUGGCCCUGUGGGCUCCCUAACUCUGACAGCUCUAGCUGAAGGAAUCCGGGCUAGCCAGGGGCAGCCUGUGGGACCCUCUUCUACAGGCCCCCAGGCUGAGCCCGAGGAGCUUGGGCCAGAGGCUGAGCCCUAUAUUCAAACACUCACCCCUGCCUUUGAGGCCCAGCCUGGGAAUGAAGUGGUUGCCCCCACAGCCAGUAGUGAGAUCGGCUCCCCACCCAAUGUCCAGGAGCCAGCCCCGGAGAGACCAUACCAGGUCUCUCAGUAUUCCUGGGAGGAAGGAACCCUUGCAGACCUUGCGUUGUAUACAGCUGCGUGUCUGGAGGAGGCUGGCUAUGCUGGGACACAGGCAACAGCGCUCACUCUGUCCUCAGCCCUGGAAGCCCGGGGGCAGCGGUUGGAGGACCAGGUCCACGAUCUGGUGCGUGGGCUGCUGGCUCAGGUGCCAAGUCUGGCAGAAGGGAGACCCCGGCGGGCAGCCCUACGGGUGCUGAGCGCACUGGCUCUGGAGCAUGCGCAGGACGUGGUGUGUGCGCUGCUACCCAGUUCACUACCCCCGGACCGGGCAGCCUCUGAGCUGUGGCGAAGCCUAAGCCGGAACCAGCGAGUAAACGGGCAGGUGCUGGUGCAACUGCUGUGGGCCUUGAAGGGCGCGGCGGGUCCCGAGUCUGAGGCACUGGCAGCCACCCGUGCUCUGGGAGAGAUGUUGGCAGUCUCUGGCUGCGUGGGAGCCACUCGAGGUUUCUACCCUCACCUGCUGUUAGCACUGGUCACACAGCUGCAUGACCUGGCUCAAGGGGCUCAUUCCCCCGACAGCCCUAAGGUCUGGGAGCCUUCUCACCGAGGGCCACCUCACAGCCACGCCAGCUGCACAGUGGAGGCCUUGAAGGCCCUGCUCACAGGGGAUGGUGGCCGAAUGGUGGUCACAUGUAUGGAGCAAGCAGGAGGCUGGAGGAGGCUGGUAGGAGCCCACACACACUUGGAGGGUGUCCUGUUGCUGGCCAGUGCCAUGGUGGCGCAUGCUGAUCAUCAUCUGCGAGGCCUUUUUGCAGACUUGCUCCCUCGGCUACGAAGCACCAAUAACUCGCAGCGCCUCACAGCUAUGGCCUUCUUUACUGGGCUGUUGCAGAGCCAGCCUACUGCACAGCUCUUACGUGAGGAAGUCAUCCUGGAGCGCCUUCGAACUUGGCAGGGUGACCCGGAGCCCACCGUGCGCUGGCUAGGCCUACUUGGCCUUGGCCACCUUGCAAUGAAUCGUGGGAAGAUAAGGCAUGUGAACACGCUGCUGCCGGUACUCCUAAGAGCACUGGGCGAAGGCGAUGUGCGGCUGGUGGGUGCUGCGCUCGGCGCGCUGCGGAGAAUACUGCUGCAGCCCGGAGCACCCGUGAGACUCCUCAGCUCUGAACUGCGACCACGCCUCCCACCGCUACUGGAUGAUGCUCGGGACUCGGUCCGUGCUUCAGCAGUGGGACUCCUUGGAACACUAGUGCGGCGGGGCCAGAGGGGACUCCGGUUGGGGCUUCGGGGACCCCUGAGGAAAUUGGUGCUGCAGAGUCUGGUGCCACUCUUGCUGCGCCUACAUGACUCCAGUCAGGAUGCUGCUGAGAGCUCAGAGUGGACACUAGUCCGCUGUGAUCGGGCCCUUCGAUGGGGCCUGCUGGAGGAAAUGGUUACUGUGGCUCACUACGACAGCCCUGAGGCUCUAAGCCGCGUCUGCCACCGCCUGGUUCACCGAUAUCCAAGCCAUGUUCAGCAUUUCCUGAGUCAGACCCAGGGCUACCUGCGGAGCCCACAGGACACUUUGCGCCGGGCAGCCACUGUGCUAAUAGGUUUCCUGGCCUAUCAUACUAGCCCCAAAGGAGUCAGUCAAGACCUGUUGGACUCUCUGUUCCAGGACCUAGGAGAGCUGCAGGGCGACCCGGAGUCUGCGGUUUCCUCGGCAGCGCACGUGUCUGCCCAGCAGGUGGCGCUGCUUGCCCGGGCGCAGGUCCAAACACGCAGCUCCAACCUCUUCCGCUUCAUCCGCCACCGCCACCGUUCAUACCCUACAAGGCCCCAUCCGCUCUACGACGAUAGUCCAUUCCUACGCCGGAGCCUUGCAGGCCGAUGGAGCUGCCUUGAACCUCGUUGAGCCAGACCCGGUAUCAAGAUUUGUGGGCACGAUCCAUGCUGUCGCCAGUCCCCACCUUAGCAGAUCUGCAGAAGAGAGCUUACUGAAGGGUGACUGUGGGCCUGGUGCUGGGCACUGGUGCCUCUCGCUCUUUUACUCUUUUCUAUGGGCUCACGAUGUGAAAACUUUGUUGCGGAUGGCACAUUCUACCUCAAGUGCCUUUUGUAGACUUGGUCCAUCUAUUUAUUCUUUGCCGGGCAGUGUGCCCUUCCUAGGACUCAGUCUGCCUAGCCACAGUCCUAGAUAGGGCUAGAUAGUCCUAGAUAGUCCUAGAUACACAGAUGUCAUGGCCUUCCUAGUUACAUCAGUAAUCCAGCACUCCUGAUUCUUCCUUCCUCUAUUCCCUACCUACAGCUGUUCUGGCUUAUGUGCCCUGGCCUGUUCUCCUGUCCAUACCUGUCUUAUCUCCACUCAUGUCAGAAUCCACCCAUAUGAUGGUGUUUUCUAGAAGGUGUCUCUAAGAUUCCUUCAUGCUGGAGAACCCAAGCCAGGAUUGCACCCCUGGGUUGAAAUAUGGAAGCAAGCACUCCACACCCACAAGACUGUGAAUGGGUAUGUCAUUACCCAACGCCUUGUACAGGGCUUAACUGGAAUGGCAUAGCUGGAUAGACAGGAAGAGUCAGCCACAGGUGUCACCCCACCCCUCCGCCCCUUGCAUAGGCAGCUUCCUCCACAUAGAAUGGCCACCGUGAAAUGUCCUCAGGCUUCAGGGAGGCCUCCUCACAAACACAGGGUAUGCACAAUGUGGUGAUGAGUGGGGGCUAUUUCCUCACAC